UGUAUAUAUCUGGCCAGAGAGCACAGAGGACUACCUGUGAGACGUCGGGACCUCAAAAUCCCAAAGUCUAUCACACCGUCUGAGACCAACUUCUAACCAGAGUGGGACUUUCUACAAACAUCAGGGACGGAGUUUCAAAGCCCUGCAAUUCUGACCAUAAAAGCCCGGGUACCUUUGAUCUUUUUUCUGAAUUUUGGAACGGCCCGGAGGAUCCGAAGAUCUGAGGCUGCCCAAAGACUGAUAAAAAGGCCAAGAUGGACUCUAAGCAAAAUGGCCACACAGAAGUCCACGGACCUGUGGCUGGCAUCUUCCUGGAAAAAACAAGGGAGAAGAUAACCAUAUAUCAAGCCAUGAAGAAACGUCUGCUUAAGCCAGGAACAGCAUUAGCCCUGCUUGAAGCACAAGCAGCCACAGUAGGCAUCGUAGACCCAAUAAACAAUCGAAUACUUCCUGUUGCCGAUGCUGUUAAGGAGGGAAUAGUUGGCACGGAAAUGAAAGAGAAACUCCUCACAGCCGAGAAAGCUGUCAGGGGCUAUUUAGACCCCUACACAAACCAAAUGAUAUCUGUAUAUCAAGCUAUGCAAAAAGAUUUAGUUUCAAGAGAUUAUGGAUUGAGACUGCUGGAAGCACAAAUCGCCACACAAGGCUUGUUUGAUCCUGUUGAGAAGUCACAUAUUUCAGUUGAAUCUGCGAUUCAAAAGGGCUACUAUGAAAAAGGUUUGCUCAAUGACCAGAUGUCAGAGCUGAAAGUGUUCUACAAUCCAAGCUUGCAAGAAAAUCUUAACUACCACAACCUGCUAGAGAAAUGCAUGGUGGAGCCUGACACAGGCUUGUUGCUCCUUCCUGUUUGCAUAACCUUCAAAGGUCUGCGAAGAGGUAUUUCCUCCACUGAACUCCUUGCAUCAAAGAUCAUUGACAAAGAAACAUUUGAUGACCUACAGAAGGGAAAGACCACUACACAGGAUGUGAUGUUGAUGGAAACAGUUAAAGAGUACCUGAAUGGCAAAGGCAGUAUCGCAGGCAUUGCUAUACUCUCGUCCAAUCAGAGAAUGAGCAUUUAUCAAGCCAUGAAGAAAGGCAUACUGAUGCCUGGAACAGCACUUGUUCUACUGGAGGCACAAGCUGCGACUGGAUUCAUGAUUGAUCCUGUAGAAAACAAAAUGUUCACUGUGGAUGAGGCCAUCAAAAACAAAGUUUUUGGCCCAGAAUAUUACGCAAAGCUGCGUUCUGCUGAGCGAGCAGUUACUGGAUACAAAGACCCAUACUCAGGUGAAACUAUAUCUCUUUUUCAAGCAAUGACAAAAGAACUCAUCAUUCUGCAACAUGGAAUACGCCUACUUGAGGCGCAAAUCGCUACAGGUGGAAUAAUAGACCCGAUCAACAGUCAUAGACUACCAACGGAAGUGGCCUUCAAGAGAGGUUAUUUCAAUGAAGAAAUGAAUGCCAUGCUAGAGAAUCCAGGGGAUGACACGAAGGGUUUCUUUGACCCAAACACAGAAGAAAAUCUAACUUACUUUGAGCUGAUGGAAAGGUGUGUCAUUGAUCCCAUCACUGGACUGUGCCUCCUUCCUCUCCUUGAUAAGUCAGACAAGCUGAAUUUCAACUUUAUUGACCAUCAAACUAAAAUGGCCUUCAAAGAGGAGAAGGUAAACGUGGUAUAUGGAAAGUACAUGGGGAAGACAGUAUCUCUGUGGGAACUCCUGAUGUCAGAAUACUUUGAUGAACACCAGAGGCGAGACAUCAUUCAAAAGUACAGAGAGGGGAAGCUCAAUAUCAAGACCAUUAUCACAACGGUUCUGGAAAUCAUAGAAAAGUCUGUGAAAACAACGAAUGUCAUCUUUGAAGGCAUCAGAGAAAACGUCACAGCCAAACAGCUUGAGGAAGCAGAUAUCAUAAGUAAGGAGGUUCUGGAGGAUCUGAAAAAGGGAAAAGUGUCAGUGAAGGAUGUUAUAAAAGAUGAAAAUGUCAAUAUGUACCUGCAGGGUAAAGACAGCAUCGCAGGCAUUCUGCUUCCUGAUUCUCAAAUCAUGACCAUCUACCAGGCCAAACAAAAAGGAAAGCUGAUGCCAGGAACGGCUCUGAUUCUACUGGAAGCACAGGCAGCAACAGGGUUCAUAAUUGACCCUAUUGGAAACAGGAAGUUUUCAGUGGAUGAUGCUGUCAAAGCAAAGAUAGUGGGGCCUGAUGUCUGUCACAAAUUGCGCUCAGCAGAGAAAGCGGUCACUGGGUACAAGAAUCCAUAUGAUGGCAAAAUAAUCUCUUUGUUCCAAGCCAUGCAAAAAGAUCUCAUUCUAAAAGACCAUGGAAUUCGGCUCCUGGAAGCACAAAUUGCGACUGGUGGGAUUAUUGACCCAGUGAACAGCCAUCGCAUUCCUGUCCAUGUGGCCUAUAAGAAGGGAUACUUUAAUGAGGAAAUGAAUGAGAUCUUGAUUGAUCCAAGUGAUGACACCAAAGGAUUCUUUGAUCCCAACACCCUUGAGAACCUGACAUACUUGCAACUCAUGGCUAGAUGUGUCAGAGAUCCCAGUACAGGUCUGUGCCUCUUGCCACUCAAAAGCAAAAGUAACAACAUUUCCAUAGAUGAUAACAUAAGGGAAACAUUCAAAACAACAGUUACUGUUAAGUAUGGCAGGUUUAAUGGCAAGCACACAACACUGUGGGAUCUUAUCAAUUCAGAGUAUCUGACUGAGGACAAAAGACAGGAGUUUUUCAAGCUCUUCAAGUCAAGGAAAAUCACAGUCGAGCAACUCAUUGUCACCAUUUUAGAGAUCAUUGAGAGUAAGGAGAUAAAACAGCAAGCAGGGCUGAAAAUUAAAGGUCUCAGAGGAGAGGUCUCUGUUGUGGAUCUUUUGGAGCUUGAAAUUGUGGAUGAAAAAACAUACAACAGUUUGGUCGAGGGAAAGAUGACAAGCACUGAUGUAAUGAAAAUGGACAGUGUGAGAGCCUACCUACAAGGGAAAAGUUGUGUGGGGGGGGGUUUUUAACACCCCCCAAAAAAAAAGAAGAACACCCCAAAAAACAAAAAAGGUUUUCGCUUCAUGUACACACCUGGCACUGCUCUAUGCCUCCUUGAAGCACAAGCAGCCACAGGUUUCAUUGUUGAUCCUUUGAAAAACCAAAAACUGACAGUGGAGCAAGCUCUCAGAGAGAAGGUAAUUGGUCCAGAGAUGCAUGAAAAGCUUUUGUCUGCAGAGAGGGCUGUCACUGGUUACAUAGAUCCAUACACUGGUCAAAAGAUCUCACUUUUCCAAGCUUUGCAAAAGGAUCUAAUUAUCAAGCAGCAUGGCAUCCGUUUACUUGAGGCCCAGCUUGCUACAGGUGGAAUCAUUGAUCCUUUGAAGUGUCUUCACUUACCCCUUAAGGUUGCAUACAGGAAAGGAUAUUUUGAUGCGGAAUUGUAUCAGAUCCUAUUAGACCCAAGUGAUGACACAAAGGGGCUUUUUGAUCCAAAGACACAAGACAAUCUGACAUACAUGGAGAUGUUGGGUAGAUGUGUGAAAGACGAGGAAACAGGACUGCUUCUGCUGUCAAUGAAUGACAAACCGAAAACUACAGAAACAAAGGCAAAAAUGUACACCAACACUGAGAUAAAGCAAGAGUUUGAAAAGACCGCUGUGAGCAUAUCGGUAGGACGGUACUCAGGAAAAUCAGUUUCUCUAUGGGACUUGAUCCACUCUGGGUAUUUUACAGAGGAUCAGCAGCUUGAAUUCUUUGAUAAAUACAGAACAGGGAAGAUAAACACACAAACCAUAAUCACAUUAGUGAUUUCCACCAUUGAAAAACUGGAGCGUGAAACACACAAAACGAUAAUGGGCCUGAGAAAACCUGUCUCUGCUCAACAACUACUGGAUUCUGAUAUCAUUGAUGUAGAUACAUUCAAACAGGUGAAAGAAGGAAAACUCCCUCUUGAAGAAGUGAUCAAAAGUGAACCUGUGAGAGGAUACCUGAAGGGAACCGGAAGCAUUGCUGGAAUUAAGGUUCACCCAUCCCAUAAAGUAAUGAGCAUAUAUGAAGCAAAGAAGGAAGAUCUGUUGACACCUGGCACUGCACUUGUACUGCUUGAAGCACAGGCUGCAACAGGAUGGGUGAUUGAUCCUUUAAAAAACAAGUUCUACACUGUUGAUGAGGCUGCAAGAGAGAAAGUAAUAGGACCAGAUGUACAUGAGCAACUUUUCUCAGCCGAAAGAGCAGUCAUUGGCUACAAAGAUCCAUACACAGAUGCAACCAUAUCACUGUUUGAAGCCAUAGAUGAACAGCUGAUUGCAAGAAGUGAUGGCAUUCGUCUUCUUGAGGCACAGAUGGCAACUGGAGGAAUCAUUGAUCCAAAUCAAAGUCACAGGCUGCCUGUUCAUGUUGCUAUUAAAAAGGGAUAUCUAGAUGAAGAAAUAAGCAAAAUUCUGUUGAACCCAACUGAUGAUGCAAAGGGAUUCUUUGAUCCAAACACCAAAGAAAACCUCUCUUACCUUCAGCUGAUAAAGCGAUGCGAGAAGGAUCCAGAAACUGGGCUACUUCUUCUAUCAGUGUAUCAAGAAGAAUCCAAUGUAUUUCACACAGAUGAGCAAAUAGAGCUUGCUUUCAAAAAUAAACCGAUCGCAAUGGAUGCUGGAAAAUUUAAAAACAAAAAGGUGACAUUGUGGGAAGUGCUGGUCUCUGAAUACAUAUCAAAACAAAAAAGGGAGCAGCUCAUACAACAAUACAAAACAAAAACCAUGACAAUAGAAGAGAUCAUUGAAAUACUCACUGUUAUCAUUACUGAGGUAUCAUCCAAAGAAAGAAAGUUCAAAGGACUAAGAAAGCAGGUCUCAGCCAGUGAGUUGUAUGAGUCAAAGAUUAUCUCAAAGGAACUUUUCACACAGAUUAUACAAGGAAAGGUAACUGAAGAGAAUGUUAACAAAAUGGAAUCGAUUCAGAAGUACCUUGGAGCUACAAACUGUAUAGCAGGUGUCAGAGUUGAAUCUACAAAGAAAGUUAUGAGCAUAUACGAAGCCAAAACCAAAAGCAUGCUGACCCCUGGUACAUCUCUUGUGCUGCUGGAGGCACAAGCUGCCACUGGUUUUGUCAUUGAUCCAGUGAACAACAAAAAACUUUCUGUAGAGGAAGCUGUGGCUCAAAGAGUGGUUGGCAGUGAGUGGAAAAAUAAACUCCUUUCAGCCGAAAGGGCUGUUACAGGAUACAAAGAUCCCUACACCGGAAACACAAUUUCGUUGUUCCAAGCCUUGAAAAAAGAUCUUAUUGUGAAAGAUCAUGGAAUUCGUCUCCUUGAAGCUCAAAUUGCCACAGGAGGCAUAAUUGACCCAGUGCACAGUCACAGAGUCCCUGUUCAGGUAGCAUAUACAAGAGGUUACUUUGAUGAAGAAAUGAACCAGAUACUGUCUGACCCCGAUGAUGACACCAAGGGCUUCUUUGACCCCAACACCCAAGAGAACCUCACCUAUCUUCAGCUGGUUGAGAGGUGUGUCACAGAUCCCAUCACAGGUCUUAGCUUACUGGUGAUUGCAAAGAAAGACGAGUUUUAUUUCUUUGUUGAUGAGGCAACAAAACUCAUUUUGAAAUCUACAUUGACAACCAAAGCAGGAGGGAAAUACCAAGGCACAUCAGUGUCUCUAUGGGAUCUGCUCUACUCCAAAUACAUCACUGAGGAGAAGAGGAGAGAGGUUGUGCAACAGUACAAGUCUGGAUCAAUCACAAUUGAAUGCUUCUUGGAAAUGAUCCUGACAAUCAUUGAGAAGACUACAGUUACAGAGACAACUGAAGUUCAAAACUUCCAUGGAAUCAGAAAGGAUGUCACUGCCAAUGAGUUGCUUGAAUCAAAAAUCAUCAAUGAGGACCUCUACAAAAAUCUUACCGCUGGAAAAGUCACAGUGACAGAAAUAAGUGAAAUGGACUCAGUACGUAAGUAUUUAAAGGGAACUAACAGCAUUGCAGGAGUGUACCUGCAGUCCACCAAAGAGACCCUGAGUAUAUAUGAAGCCAAAAGUAAAGGACUGCUAACUCCUGGUACUUCUCUGGUUCUGCUGGAAGCCCAAGCUGCCACUGGUUUUGUUAUUGACCCAGUAAACAACAAGAGACUUUCUGUAGAGGAAGCUGUGGCUCAAAGAGUGGUUGGCAGUGAGUGGAAAAAUAAACUGCUUUCAGCAGAAAGGGCUGUUACAGGAUACAAAGAUUACCUACACGACCAACCAAUUUCUUUGUUCCAAGCCUUGAAAAAAGAUCUUAUUGUGAAAGAUCAUGGAAUUCGUCUCCUUGAAGCGCAAAUUGCCACAGGAGGCAUCAUUGACCCAGUGUACAGUCACAGAGUGCCUGUUCAGGUAGCAUAUACAAGAGGUUACUUUGAUGAAGAAAUGAACCAGAUACUGUCUGACCCCGAUGAUGACACCAAGGGCUUCUUUGACCCCAACACCCAAGAGAACCUCACCUAUCUUCAGCUGGUUGAGAGGUGUGUCACAGAUCCCAUCACAGGUCUUAGCUUACUGGUGAUUGCAAAGAAAGGAGAGUUAAACUUCCAUGGAAUCAGAAAGGAUGUCACUGCCAAUGAGUUGCUUGAAUCAAGAAUCAUCAAUGAGGACCUCUACAAAAAUCUUACCGCUGGAAAAGUCACAGUGACAGAAAUAAGUGAAAUGGACUCAGUACGUAAGUAUUUAAAGGGAACUAACAGCAUUGCAGGAGUGUACCUGCAGUCCACCAAAGAGACCCUGAGCAUAUAUGAAGCCAAAAGCAAAGGACUGCUAACUCCUGGUACUUCUCUGGUUCUGCUGGAAGCCCAAGCUGCCACUGGCUUUGUUAUCGACCCAGUAAAAAACAAGAGACUUUCUGUAGAGGAAGCUGUGGCUCAAAGAGUGGUUGGCAGUGAGUGGAAAAAUAAACUGCUUUCAGCAGAAAGGGCUGUUACAGGAUACAAAGAUCCCCAUACUGGAAACAUAAUUUCGUUAUUCCAAGCCUUGAAAAAAGAUCUUAUUGUGAAAGAUCAUGGAAUUCGUCUCCUUGAAGCUCAAAUUGCCACAGGAGGCAUCAUUGACCCAGUGCACAGUCACAGAGUGCCUGUUCAGGUAGCAUAUACAAGAGGUUACUUUGAUGAAGAAAUGAACAAGAUACUGUCUGACCCCGAUGAUGACACCAAGGGCUUCUUUGACCCCAACACCCAAGAGAACCUCACCUAUCUUCAGCUGGUUGAGAGGUGUGUCACAGAUCCCAUCACAGGUCUUAGCUUACUGGUGAUUGCAAAGCAAGGCGAUUUAUUUCUUUGUUGA